AUGCUGCUCAGCGUGCCCGGGGUGCUGCUCAGAGUGCCCGGGGUGCUGCUCACCCUGCCCGGGGUGCUGCUCAGAGUGCCCGGGGUGCUGCUCAGAGUGCCCGGGGUGCUGCUCAGAGUGCCCGGGGUGCUGCUCAGCGUGCCCGGGGUGCUGCUCAGAGUGCCCGGGGUGCUGCUCACCCUGCCCGGGAUGCUGCUCAGAGUGCCCGGGGUGCUGCUCAGCGUGCCCGGGGUGCUGCUCAGCGUGCCCGGGGUGCUGCUCACCCUGCCUCUGCUCCUGCUGCAAGGGGGGUUUCCAGGGGCUGCCUGCGACCCUGUGACGCUGAAGGAAGGAGAAAACCUAAAUCUUCGCUGCACCUUCAGCACCCCCAGCAGCAGCAGCAACUCUACCCUGCAGUGGCUGAACCCUCAGGGUUUCACCAUUUUCCUCAACGCCCAGCGGGUUUUAAGAGACCAGAGGUACAAACUCCUCCGCCACUCCGAGGAUGAAUUAUCCAUCCAGCUGUCCAACGUGACAGUGCAGGAUGAAGGAAUUUACAGCUGCUUCUACUACAGCAGCCACUUCAAGAGCAAGAGCCAGAAUGUCGAGAUUUUGGCUGCUCCUUCCCAUCCAGUGCUGGAAGUAUCCCAGGACUCGGGAAGAGGCAUCAAACUCUCCUGCCACACCCAGGGGUGCAAACCCCAGCCCCAGAUCUCCUGGCUGUUGGACAACGGGAUAGAGCUCCCAGGUGACACCAGGCACCAGCUGGGAGCUGAUGGGAAGAAAUGGAGCACAAGCAGCAGUCUGAGGAUCCUCAGCUACGGCCCCAAAGUGACAGCCAGCUGCGCCAUCCAGCACCCUGCACUCAGGGGACAGAGGCUGAUGGCAUCUCUCCCCUUCCAGGACCUCCCCAGCACGGGCUGCAACAAAUCAACCGGACUUUCAGAGGAUGCAGAAGUUCCCAGCCCUUCAGGGAAUCCAGCAGUUCCCAGUUCUCCAGCGAAUCCAGGAUUUUCCAGUCCCUCUGCAUCACCAGAAGAUCCAUUAACUUCCAGCACCUCUACAUCCCCAGAAGAUCUAGUAGCUUCCAGCCUCUCUACAUCCCAAAAAGAUCCAGAAGCUCCCAGCCCCUCUACAUCCCCAAAAGAUCCAGAAGUUUCCAGCCCCUCUACAUCCCCAGAAAAUCCAGGAUUUUCCAACCCCUCUGCAUCCCCAGAGAAUCCAGAAGUUUCCAGCCCCUCUACAUCCCAAAAAGAUCCAGAAGCUUCCAGCCCCUCUGCACCCCCAGAAGAUUCAGCAGUUCCCAGCUCAGCACCAGCCCAGCCGAACCUCCCAGGUGCCACAUCCGAGGGGACUGGAACAGCACCCAGUGCAAACGGCACCGAGGAGGAACCUCCCGGGACAGAGGUGUCACCACCACGUGAAAACACGACGGGGAUUUCCACCCUGGGUAUGAGGCAAAGCCCUGAAUCCAAAGGCUUCGUGAAGAAGGAGAAGAAUCUCCUGCUGCCCAUCCUGGUGGCUGCUCUGAUUUUCGUGCUGCUCGUCAUUGUCCUGCUGUUCAUGGUGAAGCUGAAGAAAGCCCACGGAGUUUGGAAGAGAGAAAAUGAUGUUUCAGAGCAGACGCUGGAGAGUUAUAAAUCCAGAUCUAACGAAGAGAGUCCAGGCCAUGAGAAGAAUGGACAAGCUGUAAAUCCCAAAUCCAACAUGCAAUAUGUAACAGAAGGACAUGUGGAAACCCCAGAGAAGAUUCCAGAAACCCCAGAGAAGAAUCCAGGAGGCAAAAACGUGGCGAAAAUGUUUGAGUGUGGAAGGGAGACAGAUGUAUAACUGUGGAGAAGGUGCAGGAAACUGCAGUUUCGGGCUAUUUGCAUUAAAGUUUUCAGGGAUCUCGAUUUCAAGGAGC